AAAACUUAUUUAUUUAUUUAUUUAUUAAAUACGGAGUAAAAGAUAUUUAUCUCUCAGUAAUAGGCUUGAACCUCAAGAAAUUGUCAUUUACCCCCCCGGAGUACUAUUAAAACCGUUUAACACGGACAAGGGCCCCUUGUUUAUGUCCAGAUUCAAGCAUUGCUUCUAAAACAGCAAUGUCCCUACAUCCUUCCACGUAGGACAUGCGUGGUUCCCCUUUCAACCCCCUGCCCUCCUCCUGCAAGGGAAAUUAUUCCCAAAUGGUACACACAAGAAGACAUUCAGAAAUGUGUUGAGAUCAUAGUUACAGAAUUCGUUCACCUAGCCACGAUUUCCGAAUUGGUACGAAUCGUACCGGAUCGCAAGUCGCUAGCGAUCCAAUCGCCAGCGGUACGGCGAUCCAAUUCGGGUCGGUACGGUGCUCCAAUUCGCAAAUCGCCGGCGAUCCAGAUGCCCUCGAACGCCGCACCAAGUCGGAGAUGGUGGAGUACCAAUCGCUGGCGGUCCAGCGAUCCCAAUCGCAAUUUCGUCUCUUCCGCGACCUUCCCUCUUCCAAUUUGCGUCAAUUCACGAUUGCACUCCCCCAGAAAGGGAUUUACUCUAGGGCAGCAACACAAGCUGAUGCCGUGACAAUGGAUCCAAUUGAUUGGUGGGCAACAUAUGGAUCAGAGACUCCUGAAUUGGCGGAAAUAGCUAAGAAAGUUUUGUCUCAGCCAAUUAGUAGCUCUUCUGCAGAGAGAAACUGGAGUACAUACUCCUAUAUCCAUAAUGUCAAGAGGAAUCGCUUGAAUAGCAAGAGAGCCGAUAAACUUGUGUUUAUUCACUCGAAUAUUCGACUUCAGUCGCGCUUUUCAGAGUCCUACAAAUCAGGCCCUCACAAAAACUGGGACGUGAAUCCUAAAAAUACAUACAUAGAAGGUUCAAGUGCUCGCCUUGAAGAAAUGGUUUGGGAAGACCUUGAUGAUGAAGGCUUUGACAAUGGGAGAGGAAAAAGGCAGCGUCUAGAUUAGAAUAUUUUAGAUGAUGUCUUGUUUUUCACUUUUUCAAUUGGAUUUUGUAAUGUUAUGCACUUAUGCUCAUCUUAUCUAUUUUUGUUUACUUAUGUUUUGACUUUUGGUACACCGAACCGAAUACAUGGUACACCGUACCGCUUCGUACCACUUCGUACCGAAAUGAACCUACCCCCCUUCGUACCGAAUUCGUUACAUCUAGCGAAUUUUGUACCCGUACCGCGUACCCGUACCGAAGCGUACCGCGAUUUAUGUGACUAUGG